UUGCUAGGGUUCCACUCUUGCUCCCCUUUCCUUUUCGGAUAGGCACUCUUGCUUCGUCACUUUCCCAGUCUGCGGGUCUUUUUGGCUUCCCCUUCCCCAGUGUCCCGAGGGCUUGAGAGAGGAGAAAGAGGCGGAGGUUCGCUCCAGGGAAGCAGUAGUGGGACGGGCUCUGACAGCCUCUCCCCCGUCCUCCACCCCCAGCCACGCCCCCGCAGCUCCCCGCGUGUCCCCGUGGCAGUUGGGGCCGGUGGCUGGAGCACCACACACCUCCUGCCUAGGGGGGCGUGGGAUGGGGGAAGGGGAGGGAAACGGAGAGGGGCGCAGGCACCAACUAGUGGCUACCGCACACUUCAAAAAGCGUCCCCGGGCUGCGCUAUACUCCCGCAUCCCGGGAACUUCAGAGCGCCACGCGCCCGCCUUCUCUCCUUCCCUCCCUGCUUUCCCCAGACCUUCCCCUCUUGACUGGCCUGCAGCCGGCCCCCCGCGGUGGCCAUGACCCGGGCGCUCCACUUCGCGCUCCAGCAGGCUCUGUUGCUCUUCGCCAUCGCCGCUUCUCUCUCGGCAGGAUUGAAGUGUGUGUGUCUGUUGUGUGAAUAUUCAAACUUUACCUGCCACACUGAAGGAGCAUGUUGGGCCUCAGUCAUGCUAACAAAUGGAAGAGAAGAGGUGAUUAAAUCCUGCGUCUCCCUCCCAGAACUCAAUGCUCAAGUCUUCUGUCACAGUUCUAACAACAUUACAAAGACAGAAUGCUGCUUCACAGAUUUUUGCAACAAUAUUACCCUGCACCUCCCAGCAGCUGCAGCAUCUCCAAAAUUACAAAAACUAGGACCAGUGGAGCUGACCAUAAUUAUUACCAUACCAGUUUGCCUUUUGUCUAUAGCUGCAAUGUUGACUAUAUGUACUUGUCAAGGACGUCAAUGCACAUAUAAAAAGAAAAAGAGGCAAAAUGUGGAAGAACCCCUGAAUGACUGCAAUUUAGUAAAUGCUGGCAAAACUCUUAAAGAUCUUAUUUAUGAUAUGACUACAUCUGGGUCUGGAUCUGGCUUACCUUUAUUGGUUCAGAGAACAAUUGCAAGGACAAUUGUACUUCAGGAAAUAGUAGGAAAAGGUAGAUUUGGUGAAGUAUGGCAUGGCAGGUGGUGUGGGGAAGAUGUGGCUGUGAAAAUAUUUUCCUCAAGAGAUGAAAGAUCUUGGUUUCGUGAGGCAGAAAUCUACCAAACAGUUAUGCUGCGACAUGAAAACAUCCUUGGCUUCAUUGCUGCUGAUAACAAAGAUAAUGGAACUUGGACUCAGUUGUGGCUUGUUUCUGAAUACCAUGAGCAGGGCUCUUUGUAUGACUAUUUAAAUAGAAACACAGUGACAGUGGAUGGCAUGAUCCGAUUGGCACUUUCAGUAGCCAGUGGUCUGGCCCAUCUACAUAUGGAGAUAGUAGGAACACAAGGCAAACCUGCAAUUGCUCAUCGAGAUCUAAAAUCAAAGAAUAUUUUAGUGAAAAAAUGUGAAGCCUGUGCCAUUGCAGACUUAGGACUAGCUGUGAAGCAUGAUUCAGUACUGAACACAAUUGACAUCCCUCAAAAUCCCAGAGUGGGGACAAAGAGGUAUAUGGCUCCUGAGGUGCUUGAUGAUACAAUGAAUAUGAAUAUCUUUGAAUCCUUCAAACGUGCUGACAUAUAUUCUCUUGGCUUGGUGUAUUGGGAGAUAGCACGGAGAUGUUCAGUUGGAGGAAUCACUGAAGAGUACCAAUUGCCUUUCUAUGACAUGGUGCCUUCAGAUCCCUCAAUAGAGGACAUGAGGAAAGUUGUUUGUGAACAGAAAUAUAGACCAAAUAUACCAAACCAAUGGCAAAGUUGUGAGGCACUCCGAGUAAUGGGUAGAAUAAUGAGGGAGUGUUGGUAUGCAAAUGGGGCAGCUCGAUUGACAGCUCUGCGUGUUAAGAAGACCAUUUCUCAACUAUGUGUAAAAGAAGACUCCAAAGUAUAAGUGAUAUUUGGCGUUAAAAACGAAUCUUUUAAAAAAUUGUGAAUUUUUUUUUGCUUUGUUGUUUUUCCUUUGCUCUACCUCAAAGAUAUACAGUACAGUAUUUAAGUACCCAAAGUACAGCCCUGAAACCCUACUUUGAAGUUCAGUGCUGGCAGGGCAACUUUUGGCUGAUCUUGUCUUUAUGUUGUCUUUUAUUUUGAAUAGUACCUCAAUAACUUUUCCCCCUUAUAGUUAUUAAUAAAAUAGCUUAAAAAUGAGCUAAGAAGAAAUGUGACACAUAAAUAUGCUUUAUUAAAUCUUUUUCUACUUGAAACAAACACAGAAGAAUCAAAACAUUUUAAAAUAGGCAUUUUAUUCUAAGGACCUAACUAAUUGAGAAUGCUAAGUAGUUUUCCCUCAAUUCUCCAUGUUUUUUCCCCAUAAGCAGGAUAGAUUGUUUAGUUUGUUUACAAACUAGAUAGAUUGUUUAGUUACUGUAUUCACAGCUUAAUUACAAAACAAAGAAGAAUGAGAUAUUUCACAGAAUUGGUAAUAGAACUAGGUGAUCUUUCAGAUUUAUCUAUUUGAUGUUUUCUUCAUAAAACAUCCAUCACUCCAUUUUUUGUAUUAUCAGCAGUAUUACUCU